GGGCUGGGGUUGCGCUGCAUUACCCUCAGCAGGGAAUGAUAAGGACAAGGUUGCUGAUGGUCUUCGGAAUCACUUCUGCUGGUCCCCUCUUGAGCCUGUGAUGUAAAAGCAAGAUAAAUGACAGGAAAUCUGCAGGUGACGGCGAGCAGAGGAUGAGCAUGGACCUGUGCGGUGCCAUGGCUGGAGGAGGCUGCUCAGGUGUAGGUACCCCCCAUGGAAGUGGAUUCAGUUGAUAACUAACACCGUUGCCCAGUGGACUGCAAAGAUCCAUGUGAAAUACUGUGUAAAUUCCAACUGCUUUCAUGCUCAAGGAUGAUUCAUCCAGCUGGUCAGGUACAGAGCAGGAUCUGUUGGGGUCUUGCACAAGAACAGGUCUCAGGGAAGGUUUUAAAGCGCAUUUAAAGGGAGAUAGAAUCUCCAAACCCACAGCUUAAGAUGGUUUAAGAAAGGAUGUUCGUUAAACAAUAGGAAUUAGGCUGGUGAAAACCAUUGUUCAGAGAACUGGGUACAAGUUGAAUAUGAAUAAUUGCAUAUGAUACACUGGCAGAAUGUUUGUAACAGGGGAAAGAGUAUUUAGAUGUCUUUUGCUACAGUGGGGAAAAGAACAACCAUUGUUUCAAGAUGGAAUGACUCGAGUUAUGGAAAAGAAGGCUGCAAAGGACACAAAAGAUAAGGGAGGCAGAAUGGCUCCCAUGGGAGAACAAGUAUUUGUGAGAAAUAACUAGAGUGCCAAGAGCACCAAAAAGAGAAGACCCUGAGAGUAAGAAGAGGAAGGAGAACGAAACCAAACUUCGACUGAGGGAAGAGCAAAGCUUCGUUUCAGCUUCUCUGGAAUGGAGAUUUCUUCUCACCAGUUUCACCUAUUGCAGCAACUGAAUGAGCAGCGCAGGCAGGACUUGUUCUGCGACUGCAAUAUCCUGGUGGAGGGGAAGGUCUUCAAAGCACAUCGCAAUGUGCUCUUUGCCAGCAGUGGCUAUUUCAAGAUGCUGCUCUCGCAGAGCUCGAAGGAGACGAGCCAGUCGACGACAGCCACAUUCCAGGCGUUUUCUCCCGACACAUUCACAGUUAUCCUGGACUUUGUGUAUUCAGGGAAGCUGUCUCUGACGGGUCAGAACGUGAUCGAGGUCAUGUCUGCUGCCAGCUACCUGCAGAUGACCGACGUUAUCAGCGUGUGUAAAACCUUCAUCAAGUCCUCCCUGGACAUCAGUGAGAAGGAGAAGGAUCGUUACUUCAGUCUCUCAGAUAAAGAUGGCAGUUCGAAUGGUGUGGACCGGUCCUGCUUGUACGGCUCAGGCUGGAGGGCGGAGGGCAGCCCUCCACACUCACACUUGAGUCCAGAGCAAGGGACGUGUAUGAUGGGUGGGAAUGCAUGGAGUGGUUUCAGCUACUACCCAACUCCUCCGAGGAACACCUCACAGCAGCUGUCCAAGCACGAGCAACGGCAGGACUCUGGGAAGAAACCCCGGCAUCCGGGGCCACAGCCACCCUCUGACAUCCUGCACUAUAAGUCCAGUAAGCUGGAGGAGAGGGCAGCUGAGCCCAGUGGACACGGUGCUCCGGCCGAGGAGCAAGUUCAGAUUGAAGCAGAGGCUGAAUCUCCUCAUGUGGGCUACCAGUAUGGGCAGGGCUCUGAUGUGAUGCCGAGGAGCCUGGCUGUGCCGCAGCCGGAGCAUGAAUCACCCCGUUCCUCCAGUAAACUCAAGGCUUCGAAGGCAGAGGAGCAGUACCCAAGCAUGCCCUCCAUCCUGGGAGUCAUGGGCAGCUGGGCUGAAGCAGACGAUCUGCCCAGGAUGAGGUUCAAGUGCCCGUUCUGCACUCACGUGGUGAAGAGAAAAGCUGACCUCAAGCGGCACCUGCGGUGCCACACAGGGGAGCGGCCGUACCCCUGCGAGGCGUGCGGGAAGAGGUUCAGCCGACUGGACCACCUCAGCAGCCACUUCCGAACAAUUCAUCAGGCUUGCAAGCCCAUCUGCAGGAAGUGUAAGCGCCACGUGACGGAGCUGACAGGACAAGUGGUCCAAGAGGGGACAAGGCGUUACAGACUCUGUAAUGAGUGCUUGGCUGAAGCUGGCAUAGACAGUAUCCGCAUUGACUUGGAGGCGGAAGCACCCCUGGAAUUUCCACCAGAUGGAGACAAGGAUUCCAGGUGGCACUAUGGGGAAGAUAACAGAUCGGAUGUGGAGAUCGUGGAGGAUGGGUCAACCGACUUGGUCAUUCAGCAAGUUGAUGACAGUGAGGAUGAAGCUGACGAAAAGGAAGUAAAACCAAACAUUAGGUAGCUGCAAGACAAGAACUAGGCAUUCCCUGUCAGAGGGAGAAGGCACUGUCUUGACAAUACACCCUCCACCAGCCUGUUGUUAAACGUAUGGAGACAGUGGUUUCUCCUGAGCAGGGCUGGACUUGCAUGUAUCUGCGGACAUGCCGUUGCAUCCGUCCUGAGUUCUGUGAUCAAAAGACCCAUCUUUGCUUCACCAGAGAUGAUCCAUCCUUAAAUCAGAUAAUGGAUGAGGAAGAGAACUGAAGUACUACAUGGAUAACUGUACAGGAGACAGUGGGUCACUUCUCAAACCCUCUUUCAAGAGAGUGAGGUCUAAAUACUUUAAAAAGUCACACACCAUGAAGAUGGCCCAUUCCUUAAACUAGCAGAGAUGUGGGGUUUCAGUGUAACAUCAUCUGGUGAUUCAAUAAGUAUAAAUACCCUGACACCAGAAUAUAAAGACAACCUCUCUUCAGUAUUCAGAAAUGAAGAUCAUCUUCCGUGAAGUCUUCACAUUAUGAUAAGGAUAAAAAGGCAGCUAAUUAACAAAAAGCAUAUCAAAAUGUUUUAGCACAUUUGUCUGGAAAAGCACUUUCUUGUAACGUUUCUUAGAGUCUGGAGAAUCUUUAGCAGAUGGUUCAUUCAAGACCUAUUUCUUUACAAGAGAAUAAACACAUGAAUGCUA